AUGGGGCGUAAAGCUAAAAACGAUAAGCUACCGAGUGCUGGUUUGAGUAAGUUUUGUUGCUUAUACUUAUUGAAAAUUGCAUAUUUAGGUAUCGAACAGUAUGAUGAAGCUUAUACUCUACAAAAUUGUAUCAAAAACUUGUAUUUUCUAAAUGGUAUUAUAAAGUUAUGGCACAAAACCUUUAAAAAAUCUUGAUUUUUUGCUAUUUCUUACUCAAAUUUCAUUUUUUUUUUUGGUUAAACCGUCACACCUAAAAUUUAAAUUUUGAUACAACAGCUCCUCAAGACUAUGACGUAUCAAUCUUACCAUAAAUUUCAAUUUCCAGAAGUCCCUGGAGCUCGUGACACCGACAACAGUGACGUCGAGUCGAUAUACUCCUCGGUUCAGGGCGAUUAUCAAGGAUCUUUGGGCGAUUCUGAUGAAUACAACGAUGAUAUCUUGAAUGUUGAUUCGUUUGGGGAGUUGGUUGAUAAUGCUAUGGAUAAAAAGUAAGAUUUUGACUUUUUUUGUGGUUUUAGGUAUUAAAAGGGUGUUGUUCAUGAGGCUGAUGAGAGUGUUGAAGUUUUGAUCAAUUUUGAGAAACCUUGAUGAUUAAUAGUGUUGUCUUAUAAUCAUAGAGACGCGAAAUUAAUUUUUUAACGUUUUGUUAAAUGGAAAAUUUGUAGUUUGGUCUAAUUUUUGAAUUAUGAUGUUAUCCAUGACCUCAACCAUGACCAAUUUUCGAAAAACUUAUUUUUUCGAUUUUAACAAACUUUUUGUAGUGUAAACACCAGAUGUACUGCCCUGGACCAUCUGAUAGCCAUUCUCCGUCGAACAACGUUGCCAGAAGAGGUAGAAAAGCACAAGGCCACGUUAUGUGACAUUGUCGAGAAGAACAUCCGCAGAACGACAGAAGAAGCCCUAAGAGCUCUAAAGCUGGGUCCACUUUUGGCAGUACAACUAGGCCUAGAGAUUGAAGAAGAGCUGGAUUGUGUGUUAAACUCAAUGUCAGCUCUAUUCUCGGAUCCGUCAAAGUCGGAAGACUUGAGAUCAGCAGCAGCCGAAGCCUUGGGUUUGACCGCUUAUUUUGGAUGUUAUCGACCAGAAAAGAGAGGUGAAUGCUUGUCGGCAUUAAGGCAGAUUUGGUACACAAUGAAGCCAAGCACCAACUUGCCUAAUUUGUUCGCAGCAACUCUGUUUUCAUGGACUUUGAUUUUGGAAAGGGUAAGCAUGGUUAAUAUCGGGGAAGAGCGAUUUUUUGAAAGUUUUAGUCAAGUUAGGGGAAUUAGAUGAUUAGGUAACAAAAAGGAUUGAAUAAGGGUUGUUUAUAGAUAAAAUUCAGUGUUGAAUAAUUUUAUAUUCAUACAGUUUUGGCAUUUUAAAUUUCAGCUUUGAUAAGGAUGAAUAAUAUCGGGGAAAAUCAAUUUUUCAAAAGUUUCAGACAAGUUAUGAAAAUGAGAUGAGUAGGUAAUGAAAAGGAUAGAAUAAGGAUUUGUUUUUGUGUAAAAUACGGACUUGUUAACUUUCCGAUCAUAUAUUUAUGGCACCUCAAAGUCUACCACAAUAUGCUUAUUAAAAGAAUAAUAUGCCAUUCUUUUUUAGUGUGAUGAAACCCAAAUUGGCGAUGCCAUUGAAGAAGUCCAGCCAAAACUUUGCUCAUUCCUUGCCUCCAACUCAGUAGACGUCAGAGUAGCGGUCGGCGAAUCCCUGGCCGUUCUCUACGAGCUGGCCGUCCAGAAUGUGGAUGAAGAAUAUGAAUUCCCCAAUCACGCUCAGCUCAGAAGCACACUAGACGAAAUGAGCGCGGACUACACGAAAAGCCACGCCAAGAAGGAUAAGCGACUUCAGAAAUGGACCUUCAGGCAAUGUAUCGACGCCAUUUUCAACGAAAAAGCUCCAGAAUCUACGGUGAAAUUUAAUAAAAACGAGCGACUGGAACUAGAAGGAUGCCAUUCCAAGCUGUUGUACGACUAUCUUUGUCAGUUGUUGAAGGGCGAUCUGAAUAACCAAUUGACCAAGAAUGAAGUGCUAAGAGAAUUGUUUGAUUUGGGACCGGUGAAUGUGGUAGAAGAGCAAGUUUUGUCCAAAUCGGCCAAAAAUGAAAAGGUAACGGCGGGGAUUUUGAUGAUUUUGGACUUUGUUGGUUUUUAGGUAACAAAAGGUCAUUUUUUUAGUUUUUAGGGUUUUUACAAGGGAAGUGUCUCACCUCAUUCCGGAGAUAUGAAACGGGUCUAGGCUCAUUUGAAAGCCUACUUGAAUACAAAUUUAACAAAAAAAAUUUUUGUAUUUAACUGAUUAAAACUACUCUAUUCAAUGCUAUAUAGUACAAAAAACAAAAAAAUUUUUUUUGGAAGCAGUUAAAGCAAAACGAAUUGGCAGGGAUCGAACCCUUCUCCUUUUACCCCUAAACCCAACACUCAACCACUGAACCACCGAAUCAUCGGUUUCUCUUGUUUUCUUUCUCGAUCCCAAUCGUUCACAAACGCAAAACAAAAAAAGCACUGCAAAUUUUUAAACCGUCAUAACUUGCCUCAGGGGCUUAUUCGGCAGCUAAAUUUUUUUUGUUGAAUUUGUAUUCAAAUAGGCUUUUAAAUGAGCCUAGUCUCGAUUCAUAUCUCCGGAAUGAGCUGAGACACUUCCCUUGUUAGAAGCAGGAAGAUGGUUUUUUAUACUAUAUUAGAUGAAGGUCUAAUUAAAAAUGGCAUUUGUAAACGAGUUUUUUUAACUUUAUUGGUUGGCUUUUAGGUAACAAAAAGUAAUUUUUUGGAAUUUUAAGCCUUUUACAGACCUAGAAAUUCUUUUUUUUAUAUAAUUCUAGGUAGUACUUUAAUUAAAAAUGGCAUCUUGGGCUCAUUUAAAUUUCUUUAUCAAUUUUGAUUUUUUCAAAUUUUGUGUCAUUCCCAAUCGAAUAACCUCGAAAUUUGCAGAAAAACCAGCUGAGCAACGCGGACAAACAAAGAAACAUUCGUCGUGCCAAGCUCCGCGACAGAAAAGCCUACUAA